ACAAACAUGGCGGACGAGUCUUCGGACGAAGAGCAAUACGAAGACCUUAACGUUCAAAACGGAUACGAUGGUGAACUUGAACUGUACCUAAGGGGUGAUUAUGAAUCAGAUACAAGUGAAUCGGCAGCUGAAAUUGUCCAGGAUAGCGAUGAGGGUGGAGCCCUUGAUGAGUGUACAAUGAAUUUUGACCAGUCACUUCCCACUCGCCAUCAAUAUCUUGGUGAGGAGAUGGAUGAGUUCAGUGGACGCACAUACCAUGAGCCUGGUACACACAUCACCCUUCCAUUGUUGAUGUUACCUGAGCUUGUUUUGGUGCCUGGACAAACUCUUCCUCUUCACUUAUUUCAGCCUCAGUCUGUGUCAAUGAUGAAGAAUAUUAUAGAAAAAGACAGAACAUUUGGUUUGGUAAAUGCAAGAUACGGCAUCAACCAAAGCCAGCUGCUUGCUGCCAUUGGAACCACAGCAGAAAUAUUCUCCAUGAAAGAAGAGUCUGAUGCAGGAAUCAACACACUUCGGAUCAAAGCUACAGGUCGUCAAAGGUUUCGAAUAAAAGAACUGCGUAGGCAAGUGGAUGGUAUCUUACUCGCUACAGUGCAUGUCUUACCAGAAGUCAACCUUCCCUCUCAUCCUGAGGGUGCACUUUGGUCUUGCUAUCACAAGUUUGGUUGCCAGGCAACCACUCAUGGCUACCUUGCAAAACCACACCAGGUCACCUCAGGAAAAAACAGAUUAGGGAAGAAAAAGUGUCACAAGGUACCCACUAGUCUUAGUUCAUGGCCAAGCUGGGUAUAUGAGUUGUACAAUCCAUUUGUCCUGAUGGAUUUGAUAAAGAAAGAGUUAAAAAGUUGGAGUGAAACUCUACGUAUUGACAACAUUCCUCAAUCACCAAUAGACUUUUCUUUUUGGGUGGCAGCCAAUAUGCCCUUAGAUGAUAGCCUUAGACUUCAAAUACUUGGCAUCAACUGUCCUACUCAAAGACUGCGAAAAGAGCUUGAAAUAGUCCGUAAGUGUAGCGUGUUGUGCUGUAGCAGUUGUGAUACCAAGAUCGUAGGAAAAAGCGAUUUAUUCAGCAUGUCCUUGGAUGGUCCGUUAGGUGCUUAUGUGAAUCCGAAUGGCUGGGUGCACGAAACGCUAACAUUUUAUCGAGCCUCCGGCAUCAGACUCAGAGGAAAACCCACCGCACAGAACAGUUGGUUUCCAGGGUAUGCUUGGACUAUAGCUGAAUGUGCACAGUGCGCUGACCACUUAGGAUGGCGUUUCACUGCGGUUAAAAAGGGUCUGUCGCCCAGUAAGUUUUGGGGACUAACCCGAGCGUCUCUCCGUCCCACCUUAAAAUACGACGAGCAAGAAGAAACGUCGGAAAAACAUACAAGGGCAUCAUCUUCUUCAUCUACCUCGUCUUUCCCGUAAAGACCAGUACAGUGCUGCUAAAUAAUGGAAACCUCGGGUUUGGAAAACUUGGACUCUGUCUUGGCUCACUGUAGUAGAGGAUAUCAAGUUUUCUAACUCUAGAGAACGAUUUUGGAUGUCAAUGCAGUUCUUUAGAAGGGCUCCAGAUAUUGCACCUCCACCCUUCGUUAUAUCAUGUGGACUGAUGGAAAGACGAGAAAGGGUCAGCGAAAGCUAUGACCGCACAAUAGGAAAUGAAGAACAAAAAACUUGUGAUGUUAUACUGUAGUGAACUGAACUCUCUCCGAUUUGAGAGAAAUUUGAUCAAAAGCAUGGAUGAGAGAUCGGUUGCGCCAGGGUUCUUUAUUAGUUUAAGCUCUAAACGCGCGUGCACAGGGAUAUUGUUACCGGUGGCAAAGCACCCUUUACACCGUUGAUAUGUAAAUGAAGGCGCAGGCACCCAAUAUUUUUAUAGGACACAGUGUGUCUAGAAUAGUGGCUACUUAAUAAUAAAUAAUAAUAAUCCUUAUUUAAAGUGGGUAGAAACACUUAGCUGAAAAGCUAGUUUACAGGUUUUCCACCAAACAACUGAAACAAAUAAUUCAAAUUGAGAAUAACAUUAUUAAGAAUCUCAACUGACCGAAGGCAAACCAGUUGGCUAUUUACAAGCAUGGCCGAGGAUUUGAACUUGGAGCUAUCGUGAAACAAAUCAAGGUAGUGGUCUGGGCGGGACUCGAACCCGGGAGCGGCGGAUUGCGAGUCCGACACGCCGACCACUCAGCCACACUGCCUUCUUCUCUAGAGCCUUAAAUAAGCGCUGCUGUCGAAAGAAAUUCUCAUUUCUCUCAGCUUAUCGCCCAGAGUGAGAGAAAUUUAGAGUGGGUUAGAGUAGGGGAGGGGAGGGGGCACGGAAAGGCAGAGAAAAUAGAGGGUUACCUAUGUAAGAACAACAACAUCAACAACGAAAACAAAAAGUCAUGCAAAGGCGCUGUACACCAUAAGGGGUCUUGAGUAAGGUCAACUUGACUGAUAGUAAUAAUAAGAAGAGUGAAACUGAAAUUUUCUGCGUGGUUAGUUAUGAUUUGUAGCAUGAGUAAUACCACUUCAAACGAAAAAGGAUGGGGCGAUAGAAUUUGUUUUGGUAACCCAGUAACCCUAGUGGUUCUAACAAUACCAAGAUGAGAUGGAACGAUCUCUUAUAUGUAGUUUGCAUGAUAAAGUGCUUGAUACGCAAGUUAGCAUAACGUGUCUGGGACGAGAGAGGAACGAGAAAUAAAGCUGUUCCACUUAC